AUGCUGGGUGCCAGGACGAAGCAGGUCUAUGCGUACGGACGACGCGGGCAUCGCAUCGUCAAUGUCACAGAAGACCGGGGAGAUAUCAAGACGACGAUCACAAGCCACCGGGCGUCGGAAAAUGAGACAAUCUCUUCCUCAUCUCCGUCUCCGCAACCGAUACCCCGACAUCGGAAGAAACCAAUAAUUUCUUCUCCUAUACCAUCUCCGCAAUUCAAGAGGAAAAAUGCUCCUACACCAGCUGCGAAGAAGAAGAAGAAGGCGUCUCCGAAAGCCGCAAAUAUCAGAGCUGCUAAGAUCUCCAAAUCCGUCCGUCACCCGUUAGGGCUAUUCCCCGCGAAUGUCCCAGGCUCUCCGGCAAUUGCUCCCAAUCUCAGGAAGAAGCGCAAAGCACUCAUUUCCAGAGGGACUCCAUUUAUGCCGAACUCUCCCUUUAUUGAUGUUGACAUCGUCGUGCUGGACGCUCAAGGUCGCCGCCUGAGCCAAGAGAGGAGAGUGUCCAGAUCUGAUGUGCAGAUCAACAAGCUACCUGCGUUGCCGUUGAAGGCUGUCAAGAUAAAAGGGACUGCUCUGCCAAAUGUCGACAUUCAUGACAUUUCGAAUGCUGAAGAGAUUGUCUCUAUUCCCAAGCCUCCGAAACGAGCUAGGGCAAUCAUGAUUUCAUCAGACGAAUCUGGUAGCGACGAUGACGAAGUAACAGUAGCCAAACUCCACAGCUUUGCAACCGCUCAACGGAUACAAGAACGCGCGAUACGACACACAGCACCUACAGCGGCAGGUCGGGCCCGCGCCAAAGUCAUCUCGUCACCGUCCUCAUCCUCAUCGCCACCUGAAACACUCAUGCGUAUACCAGAGCGACGGCCUUUGAACCGUACUGUCUUCGCUGUUGCCCCCAAAGUUACCGCUGCUGCUUUACCGGCACCGGCACCCGACUUCAUACAUUGGACACCCAGCCAGGGCCAGCCCGUAUUCUCAAUCCCAGUAUUACCCUCCCCCCAUGCUAAACUGCGCCAGCUGACACCUAUCCGCUACCGGCCUGGACGAGCAAAUAUUUUUCCCGCUCCCCCUUCACCGCCAUCGCCCACAACUCCGACAGACUUCGAUCUCUCGCUAGACUUCUCUGAACUCGACCUCUCGCCCGCAGCGCUUUCUGCGGGCGUAGGUUCGGAUGUGCACACGUCCGCCCCGCCGGAGUACCUCCAGCCCCUGCUCGCAGAGUGCUCUCAGACGAUGCCGCACGAGUUCUCCGCAUUCAUCGAGAUGUUCCCGUUCGACCCGAUCGUGCAGACGCCUCUGGCUGCCAAGGCUCACUUUCAAAAGAUCGGCGAGGCAUCGUACUCCGAGGUGUUCGGCAUCGGGGAUGUCGUCCUGAAGGUAAUCCCGUUGAGGGACGAGGUCGGCCACGCCACCAAGGCUACUAUGGACGACGACGUAGAGUCACCUGCCCCCAGCGAUUCGAAGGACGUACUGAAGGAGGUUAUCGUGACACGUGCGAUGGGAGAGAUUUGCACGGGCUUCGUGAAGCUCCUCCGGACGUACGUCGUGCGCGGGAAAUACCCAUCUUUGUUACUCAGCCUCUGGGACCAGUAUCACGAGAAGAAGGGAAGUGAAAGUGUUAGACCGGGUGGGUUUUCCUUCCUUGAAGUUAUACCUAGCUUGGCUGAAUGCUUUCAAGAUUCCUUCACGGUCUCUCAGGUGUACGCCAUCAUUGUACUUCCGAAUGGCGGCCCCGACUUGGAGGCAUUCUCGUUUGAGACAGCGUCCAAGACUGGCUGGAGGCAGGCAUGUAGCCUCUUCUGGCAAGUCGCCCGUGCGCUCGCAGAGGCAGAAGACCUUGUUCACUUCGAGCAUCGAGAUUUACACUGGGGUCAAAUCUUAGUGAAGACUCUGCCUGCCGCCAUUCGGCCAGCGCGGCGAGCUGCAUCGAAGAAACUCUCAAUGGACCACGAGGGCCAUGGCAUCCAGGCCACCGUGAUAGAUCUUGGUCUCGCUCGCAUGAACUCUAGUGGCGAUGCCAGCGAUGUGCAAUGGACACCGUUUGACGAAGAAAUAUUUGAAGGCGAAGGAGAUUAUCAGUUCGAUGUUUACCGGAUGAUGAGGGCACACAACGGUAACUCGUGGGAGGACUAUCGUCCAUUGACGAACGUCAUGUGGCUGCACUACCUCGCAGGAAAACUCCUGCGCUCCAAGAAGCUUCGCGCUCCGACAGUCUCCCGCAAAAGCACUCUUGCGCCUGCCUCAGCAAUGUUCACAGAACAGGAAUGCUACGAGUGCCUAGUGGACGUGGAGGAGAUGCUCGGCCGCUGCUUCGCAUCGAGCAAGCCCCCGCCAGCCGGGCGCAAGGGCAGGCGGAAGACCCCAGCGCCCGUCAAGGUGGCCAUGUCCGAUACUGCGGGGCCACGAAGCGCCGCAGAGGUGGUGCAGUUCGGGAGAGGGAGAGGGUGGGUUAGGUGA